GGAGGCGAAGAGAAGGGGAGCGACCGAGGGGAGGGGAGUCGCCAAACCCGACUCUUGCCGUGGCUGUGGGAAAGGCGCUGAGGCUGGACGCCGCUGGCUCGCGAGGAGCGGCUGACGGAUUCGGCCCGGGUUCCUCAACGGUAUGUUUUGGCUGUUUCACGACUCUUGAAGAUUAACUGACCUAAAAUUUGUAUACUGCUGACAGGCUGGAACAGAUUGUUACAAUUCUACUUUAGAUACAUAAUGAACACACUGAUGCAAGAUAAAGUUAGCAAAGGACUAUAAAAUGCCCAGAUUUGGGUCAGCAAAAACAGUUCAGAUUCAAAAUUCUGACAGUGAUAGCACCAUGGUGGAGAAGCCAACUGGAAGAAAGAGCAAGGACAAGAUUGCCUCCUACAGUAAAACUGCAAAAUUGGAUAGGAGUGAUGUGGGAAAGGAAAUGAAAGAAAAGUCUUCCAUGAAACGUAAACUUCAGUUUAAUGUUAGUCCAUCCAGAAAUGAAGAUCGAAAUUCAGACACAGAUUCAGAUCCAGGACAUGCAAAUGAAAGCUGGGGGGAGAGAUUAAUACCUACUUACAGGACAUAUUCAGAGAAGGACGUUCCAGAGAAAAAGAAAAUGAAAAAAGAAGCUGGAAAUAAGAAAACAGCACCUGUUAGCAUUCUCUUUGGUUAUCCACUAUCAGAACGCAAACAGAUGGCCCUUCUUAUGCAGAUGACUGCUAGAGACAACAGUCCAGAUCCCAACCUAAAUCAUCCUUUACAAACAGUGUCAGCACAAAAGAAAACUCCAAGCUCUUCAUCGCGACAAAAAGACAAAGUUAACAAGAGAAAUGAACGUGGGGAAACCCCCUUACACACAGCAGCAAUUAGAGGCGAUAUUAAGCAAGUUAAAGAGUUAAUUGGUCUAGGAGCAAAUGUGAAUGUUAAAGAUUUUGCAGGUUGGACACCACUCCAUGAAGCAUGCAAUGUUGGUCAUUAUGAGGUUGCUAAAUUUUUGAUAGCAGCAGGGGCAGAUGUGAACACUCAAGGACUGGAUGAUGAUACACCUCUCCAUGAUUCUGCAAGCAGUGGACAUAGAAAAAUUGUGAAGCUGUUGCUCCGACAUGGUGGAAAUCCAUUUCAGGCAAAUAAGCAAGGAGAGAGACCAGUUGAUUUAGCAGAAACAGAAGAAUUGGAACAGUUAUUGAAAAGGGAAGUUUCUAUUUCCGAUGAUGAAGAUGGUUGCUCAGACCUUGAAGAGACACCUUCUAUAAAUCCUUCUAGUAUUGAUGGGAAUAUGGAUUCUGAGACGGAGAAAGAAUGUGUAGUUAACGACAACAAGCACCUUUCCAAUAAGGCACCACUUUCAUCACCUCUUGAUGAAUAUGAGUUUAAAGAUGAUGAAGAAGAAGUUAAAAAAAUGAUUGAUGACAGGAGGGAUUUGAGAAAAGAUGAUGAUUCAGAGGUAGACCAGAGCAAUUUAUUUAUGAACCAGGAAAAGACAGCAUUUUCCAAAUCAUUCAAAAAUAAAAAACAGAAGCCCUCCAGAGUUUUAUAUUCAAGUUCUGAGAGUUCAGAUGAAGAUAUUCUUCAAGACAAAAAGAUCAUCUCAGCUCCAUGUACUGUCACAGAAACUUCAAAUUCUGAUACAAAGGUAAAAAAAGAAUAUAGUUUUAGUGAAUAUAAACAAAAAGGAAAAGUGAAAAGAAAACUGAAAAAUCAAAGCAAGAAUAAGGAGAAUCAACAACUGAAGCUAGAAAAAGAAAAUUCCAGAGUAGCUAACCUGAGUGCUUCUGUAUUAGAAUCUUUAGACAAAACCAGAGAAGAGGAGAACUUGAGAAAGUCUUUUGGCUCGAAAGAAGAUUCUUCAUUACACUUAUUCCAUAUUAAUGCUAGCAGAUCUCCAAAGCAUCCCUGUGGGUUGAUUGAAAAGCAGACAACACCACUUAAACAAGAAAAUGUGAAAACAUGUGUAUCUCCAGGAGGGUCUGAAGUAUCAUCACAAUCUGAACUAGUUCGAUAUGAUCAAAAUACAGACUCUGAGUAUCUACUGGAAAGUUCCAGUGGUAAACCCUACAAGCACAAAGACAAAAGUAAGCAUCAAAAAGAAUUUCUUUUAGAAUUUGGUGAAAAAUCUAGUCCUAAAUUUAAAGAGGAAGACAAUAGCUUACCUUUUGAAAACUCAGAAAGUCUGCUGAAAAAGACUGACAAGGAUGGAAAAACUCUUAAGAAGCAUAAAUUGAAACACAAAGAAAGGGAAAAAGACAAGCACAAAAAAGAGCAGGAUGGGGAGAAGGAAAAGCAUAAACACAGGGAAAAUUCUAAGGAUGUCCAAAGGAACAUUGAGUUUGAUAGAGAAUUUUGGAAAGAGAACUUUUUUAAAACUGAUGAGGCAGAAGAUAUAUCAUGUAUCGACCAUGACUCUCAACUGUCAGAGAAGAAAUCAAAGUUGGAAAAGGCUUUGGUGAAAGAGAGAAACUUUCAGAAAGACAGAAACUUUAAAGAAGAGAAAGAUAAAAAUAAAAAAGAAAAUGAUAAGGAUGAAAAAGUAAAAGAUACAAAAGAAGAAAAAGACAGUAUAUCCAUAGAUAAAGAAACAGAAUUGUUUAGUUUAAAUAUUAGGGAUGGAGUAGCAAGUGUUUCUUUGGGAGAAAAGGAAAUAGACAUUGAAAAACAGGAAAAAAACACCAAAGAACAUAGAGAGAAACUAGAAAAACGAAAUUCUGCUACUGAAAAAGUAGAUAGAAAAAAUUUAGACAAGGAGAAAAAAAUGAAAUAUGAGCAUAAGUCAGAAAAAGAACCAAGUGAAAAUUUAGAAAAGGCAAAAGAAAAACCAACAGAAAAAACUCAUAAAGAAAAUGACAAAUUAAAAAGCUUUAAUACUGUUAAAAAGUUUGAUGACAAAGAAAAAAACAAGGAAAAGUUUGAAAAGAAGCAUGACAGAGAAAAAAAUGAUAGACACCUGUCUGAAUGCAAAGAAAAACCAUGUAUUGAAAAGAAAGCAAAGGUUUCUGAAAAGGAAGGUGAAUAUUCAAAGCUGGAAAAAGGCAAAAACAAAGAAAAGGAAAAAGAGACUGACAAAAAAGAAAAAUCCAGAGAGCGGGAUAGUUUAACAAUUUCAAAUAUAAGGCAUAUACCAGAAGAGAGGCGAUGCAGUAUUGAAAAAACAUUGUCCUUGAAGGAGAAGCCAAAGGAUGAAUUACUGAAAACUCCAGAUGGAAGAGAGAAAGAUAAAAAAGAUAAAGAUAUAGACAGAUAUAAAGAACGCGACAAACACAAAGAGAAAAUACAGCAAAAUAACCUUAAUAAGCUAAAGGUUGAAACUGAAAAGCUUAAGUGUAAACCUGCAUCAGCACCUAAAGAUGCUCGACCUAAAGAAAAGAGAUUAUUAAAUGAUGAUUUGAUGAAGACAAGCUUUGAAAGAAUGCUUAGCCUGAAAGAUCUGGAAAUUGAACAGCGGCAUAGGAAACACAAAGAAAAAAUAAAACAAAAAGAGAAAGAAAGAUUAAAGAAUCGAUCUUGUUCAGAACUUAACAAAAUAAAAGAUAAAGAAAAAAUGAAACACCCCCCUAUUGAAACAAAAAACAAAGAGCUUAUUCGUUCAAAAAGCUCAGAAUUGUCAGAUGCUUAUAUGAAAGAAAAGCAACUGAAAGAGUCUACCACUAAUAGGUCACAGUCUGUUGAUGUAAAGAAUGGUGCAGGUGGAAAAACAGCAUUACUGCCAGACAAUAGCUUAAGCAGAUCCCCAAGAUCAGAAAGUGAAAAGAUGGGCCUAACGUCCAGAUCCGUGUCCAUGAUUUCAGUAGCAAGCUCAGAGGAUUCUUGCCAUACUAUAGUGACUCCUCCAAGACCUGUAACUGAAUAUGAUUCAGACUUUAUACCUGAAGGAUCAGAUUCUCAGAUGUCUUUCUCACACUCACCUUUUUUACCUAGUGCCAAAUCACCAGCUCAUCAUGAAACUGAUAAUUUACCAGAGUUGCCAGAGCGCAAUAAGAUACCUUUUCAGAACAGACUUCCACCAGCUUAUGUUAGAUCAGCAUCUGUUGAAGAUGUUAAAUUUGUUCUAAAUGACUGCAGGCCAGUUGUAGAAGUAAGAAGAUGCAGUAUGCCAGCUGUUCAUGAACAUACAAAGCAGUCCCGAAUGACAGAAGAAAAUAAUCACAGUGUUAUGUCCUCAGUUCAGAGUCAUAGUAGCGCUUCUCCUAAACAUGAAUCCCCAUGCUGUAAUUUGACUGAAAAGGAUUUCCAAAAUGAUACAUCAGACUUGUAUUCCAGUGCUGUUUCAUCACCAGCUCGAAAUUCUGACAACAAGCACAUUACAUCAGAAGCAGUUAUUAAAAUUGUUGCUCAGUCAAGCCCAUCAGGAGAAAGUAACACGAUUUUGGAACAGGGGGGCCAGAAUACUAUGACUCUGUCAAGUAAAUCAUGGGAUGUGCCUUUGGAAAGAUAUAAUCCAUUAAACAGUGAGUGCAGCUGUUCAAAUUUUGCUGGUUUUGAACAAGAUACAGCUUUUCCAGCCAUUUGUAAUUCUGAAGAGAAAAUCUUAAAAGAGCAGAAAAGUUUAGAACCUUUUCUUCAUCAUGCUGAAAACAUAAAUCCUGUAUCACAUGAGGAAGCAGCAUUUUUCUCUGUUCAGUCAUCCUUCUUGUCUCGGAGUCAGCCAAUUACAGAGACUCUUUAUAUGUCAAAGAAUGCUGAUAGUAACACCCAAGAGCCUCUGAUUGUUAAACACCAGCAAAGUGCCAGUCAAAUGACCAGUUCUACCUUAGACAUAGACACUAAUGGUAAAAAGAAGGUAGAAAAAGCUUUGUUUCUCUCAAACAAUAAAAAAGCAGAUGUGCUCAUCACUGUAUAUCCUGAAUGUUUCACUAAGGAUAAUUUACAAAAUUUUGAAAAGGAUUUUACUGCAAAUGACCCUCGCCUGCACCUUAAUGCUAAUUCAUCUGUUGUCAGUAAGCUCAUCUAUAAGACAUCAGAAGCUGAUGAACUUGGUAGUAGUAUGAUUGAUCUUCGGAUCCAAAGUGACAAUCUUUCUUUGUCCCAUAUGACUAAUAAUAAAGAUGACUUAGAUCUUCAAGAACUAAAUGCCAGAGUGCUGAAAGGAAUUACAAAUGAUUCUAGUGGAAAACUUUUUAAUGUAGAAAGCACAGGACGUUAUACAGCUGAUGAAAACUUGCAACAGUGCCUUUUGCCUUGUUUGGAAAGCCAUUCGCAGUUAACUACACAUGAAGUGCAUAAGUAUAGUCCAACCAUUAAGUCAGAAGUGGAAGACACAAUGGAAGACCAUAAAUCAGAGCAGUACGAAAUUCCUCAGAGAAUUACAAGGAACAGAGCAAAUAUGCUUGCUAAUCAGAGUAAGCAGAAUCUUAUUGGUUGCUCCCAGAUAUCAGAAAGGGAUUCUGACUCUUCUGCUUCUACAAAAGGCAGGAUUAGAUUAACUGAGGAAGAUGAUGCUCAGACACACCAUUCACGAAAAAGAAAGCUCUCACGUGUUCCUCAGCCUGUGCAGGUGAAUCCGUCGUUGAUACAGGCUAAAGAAAAAACUCAUCAGUCCUUGGCAGCUAUUGUAGAUUCUCUAAAACUAGAAGAGAUUCAGCCAUACAGUUCAGAAAGAGCGAAUCCAUAUUUUGAAUAUUUGCACAUAAGGAAGAAAAUAGAAGAAAAACGUAAACUACUAUGUAGUGUGAUUCCUCAAGCACCUCAGUAUUAUGAUGAAUAUGUGACCUUCAAUGGGUCGUACCUCCUAGAUGGCAACCCCUUAAGCAAGAUAUGCAUUCCAACUAUCACGCCACCUCCUUCCCUGUUAGAUCCACUUAAAGAGCUCUUUCGACAGCAAGAAGUUGUAAGGAUGAAACUUCGUCUACAACACAGUAUUGAAAGGGAAAAACUUAUUGUUUCCAAUGAGCAAGAAGUUCUUCGUGUCCAUUAUCGAGCUGCAAGAACUCUAGCGAAUCAGACUUUGCCAUUCAGUGCAUGCACAGUACUGCUGGAUGCUGAAGUGUACAAUGUGCCCAUGGACACCCAAAUGGAUGAUGGGAAAACUUCUGUCAGAGAUCGAUUUAAUGCAAGACAGUUUAUGUCAUGGCUACAGGAUGUGGAUGAUAAAUUUGACAAAUUAAAAACAUGUCUGUUGAUGAGGCAGCAACAUGAAGCAGCAGCUUUAAAUGCUGUGCAGAGAUUGGAAUGGCAGCUUAAACUACAAGAACUUGAUCCUGCAACUUACAAAUCCAUCAGCAUUUAUGAAAUUCAGGAGUUCUAUGUUCCUCUUGUAGAUGUUAAUGACGACUUUGAAUUGACACCUAUAUGACAAUUAGCAUCUCCUGACUUUCUGCCUAAGGUUGUGGGGCAUAAAUGUAAUUACUUGUUUAAAAUAUAGGAAUAAUAUGGAGUACAGUCUUUUUCUGUAUUCCAUGUAUUCCUUCAGAAUGUUUCACAAAAUCACAUUCAAUAUUGUAAAUGCAUACCAUUUAGUAAUAGAUGGUAUUUAUUUUAGAUUCUAAAGCCCAAAAGGCAUCUUCCUUCCCAGCAGAUCUAUUUAUAUACAACAAUCUUUUGCUGAAGAUUUAACAGCGCUGGCAGCUGUUACAAGAGAGCCACUGAAAAGCACUUGUUAUUUAAAGUCCACUUUAAUGAUUUUUAUUAUUCAGCUUAAAUUCCUGCAGGAAAAAAUACCAACCUGUGGAAGAAAUCACAACCUUGUGUGGAUGUGGGAAGUUAGUGUUUUCAUCUUAUAUAAUUUAUAGGUUAACUGUACAGUUUUCUUUUUGGAAAAAGAUGUAAUUUUUUCAUUUUUUAAAAUAACUUAUUUUAUACAUAUUGUGCAAAUGUAAAUAUUCUUGUAUUUAAUGUUCAAUCCUGUAUAAAGAUAGAUAUUUUAAUUGUGUAAAACUGUUUUGUCUAAUGUUUUAUUGGACCAAAUUUGUUGUUCCUUAUGUGUAGCGUGGCAACUUUCUUUUAAGAGGCAUGUGUUUGAUUGAGCUGCUUGUUUCAUCACCAUCCCUGUAAAGGUUUGAAACUGAGCGGUAUCGCAUGCUAGUUCAGUUCAAGCUUUCCUUAGUGUGUGGUCCCUAAAUGAUAGCAACGUGUGGUUGCGAAUCCACCAAGCACUGCUUCUGCACAAACUCCAGAGGAAUUUGCAUGGGUGUCCAUUUCAGCGUACAUUGCAGCAGGGCUUAAUGGAUUUCACCUUAACUUCCCAGAAGCAUUUAUUGUUCUGCUACUGUAAUUCCAUGCCUGUGACUUACUAUUCUGAGACUAUUUUUGUUUAAAAACUUAAUGAUUAUUAACGUGCUCUUACACGCUAAUCUCAAAAUGAGGCUAUUCUACCCCACCCUUUCCAAAAGCCUCUCAAUGAAAAAUUGUUAAAAUUGUACAUUGCCUAUUUUAAUAUCUACCUAUUAAAGCAUAUGUAAAUAGUUGUAAAUACAAUGUGUAAUAAAUUGUAUUGGUCAUGCUAACAAACGGUUGAAUCCUUGUGAUGGUGAAAUUUUCAUCCUUGAAGUUUUAUACAAUUUGACAAAUAAAUAUUUGAAAGUUCCAUUUAUAAGAUAA